AUUUCAGUUGUUGCUCCUCUCAACAAGAACUUCUUGCUUGAACCACCCAGGGAAAAGAAUGGCGAGAAGAAAUGUCCUCAUUACAGGUUGCUCCUCAGGAAUUGGACUGGCAUUAGCUGUAAAAAUGGCAAAUGAUGAACAGAAAAGAUUUAAAGUAUAUGCCACAAUGCGGAAUCUGGCCAAGAAAGAGCCACUCGAGGAAGCUGUAGGUCGCAGGCUGGGCAAAACCCUUGAAAUUAAACAACUGGAUGUCUGUGAUGAACAGUCUAUUAAAACUUGUGUGAAUAGUAUCCCUGACAGAAGGAUUGAUGUCCUAGUUAGCAAUGCUGGAAUGGGGCUCAUUGGACCUAUUGAGUGUCAGACCAUAGAUGAAAUGAAAACCGUGAUGGAUACCAACUUCUUUGGACUGGUUCGACUCCUGAAGGAGAUUUUGCCUGACAUGAAGAGGAGAAAGAGCGGGCAUAUAGUUAUAAUAAGCAGUGUUAUGGGAAUACAAGGUAUCUUAUUUAAUGAUGUUUAUGCUGCAUCUAAGUUUGCUGUGGAAGGAUUUUGUGAAAGUUUAGCUAUACAAGCACUGAAGUUCAAACUGCAGUUAACUUUGAUUGAACCAGGCCCAGUGAUUACAGAGUUUGAAAGAAAAGUGUUUGAAGAUGGAAUGAAAAUGGAUCUUUCAGCCGCAGAUAAAGAAACAGCUGACAUGUUUACUAAUAUUUACCUUAAAAACUACAAACAAAUUUUCCAGAGCCUGGGACAAAGUGCUGAUGAUGUUGCAGAGCAUACAGUAAAGAUAAUUCUUGCAGAAAAUCCACCUUUUCGCCAUCAGACCAAUACCUUGUAUACACCGAUGACAACUCUGAAAUAUGCAGAUCCAAAUGGAGAUCUACCCAUUGAUAUAUUCUACAAAAUGGUUUUUCAUCAUGACAAAAUCUUCAGUGCAAGUCUUAACUUUAUCAAAUUGCUAAGGUGGAGAAGUAGAAAGAGCUUUGACCUGGGAAAACCCUCACAAUAAGUAUGAGAUGAUAUAGUGCAAACUGAAAUUACUUGUAGCUACUGGUAACACAGUAUGUUGUUGUUCUAAUGCCUUUUUACAACUACAGAACAAAAGCAUUCAGGAUGUUUAUUUGAGCUUAGCCAAGAUAUUCAGCUCAAAAUGUUUAUCUUCAACUUUACAGUUUGCAGAACAUUGAAAUUAACAUUCUCUAAUUACAGGUUUAUUUUGUCUAGUGUUCAUUUUUGAGACACCUGUUUUCAUGGUAAUGUGAACAUUGACUAAUACUUGCAUAUUCAGUAUUAACUUGAUUCUCUUCACUUAUUAGAAUACAGAGGUGUGUACUGUAUGUAAAUUAUUUAGAUUCUUAAUAUAAUAAAAAUAUCGUAUUUUAGUAGAAUAGAAUUAGUAUAAUAGUUCCUCCCAGUAGCAUUCUCGGAUCUGUUUACCACUAACCUAAUAGAAAGUCUCAUCAACCUUAAAAUGUUGCAACUGGAAUAUUUUUCUCAUAUAUCUGUUAUAAUAUCCUGAAUGGUUCCUUUAUAGGCAGUGGUUGCUGGCAUAUCACAUAUAGUGGACAAUAAAAUACUUUUUAAAAGCA